AUGACCCGACAAGAUGGAACUUCAAAAGCUCAUUCACGUGAUGAUAAGGACGAUGACUCAAACCCUUCAGGGGAUAACAUCAACCAUGAUGCUCCAACUACGCUGAAACUUCCGCCAUGGCUGCUGUCACGUCAACGCCUGGCUGUUGGCAACGCUGCAAUUUCCGUGUACUUGUCUCAGUCGAAACAGCACAUGACGAACGAAGCAAUCAAGUUUGACAGAAUUCUACUCAAUGACGGAAAUGUCUACAACACUUUCACUGGCGCGUUUACGGCGCCGCUUUCUGGCAUUUACCUCUUCACUUAUCACUUUGAUUCCACGACAUCGACGUUCGUUCGUCUCGUUCGUCUCGUCGUUAACGGCGUAAAUGAAGUCGACGCCGUAGCCAAUCCGCACGUGGUUUCCGGUCCGCGACAGGCACAGUCCAUGGGCGGAAACACGUGCAUCAUUCACGUGAGUCACGGCCAGGCGGUCCAGAUACAAGUGUAUGAGAUUCCGGACACCACAAUCGACUCGAGUGACAAUUUUCACUUUCUACGUUUUCUGGCGUCUUGCUGUAUUAAUAUAUGUCAAUAA